AUGACCAAUCUUGCCCGCCAUUAUCCAGAUCAGGGGAACGGGUUUGGAUCCGGUAGCUCCAUCCACGACUAUCCAGAACAUCUAAAUCCGUUCUACGAGGAUGAAAAUCACAAACGACUACGGUUCUGGGAUCGUAAGUCACAUCGGCGCGGCAGCUUGUCCAGCCUGCGCGAUGGAUUCCGUGAGUUGUGGCAAUAUUCAUCAAACCGUUUCGGAAAGAAACGCUCUUCGACGCUGGGGAUAAACAAAACUUCCGAAAGCCCUCCGCCACUGCGAAGGGAUACGUACGAUCUUGACUCGAUCGCCGGCACCAGUGGGUAUCGCAACACGGUAAAUGCUCCGGGCUAUGGUACGACACGCGAAAGCCAAUCCUACACCACGACACCUCUGUUCGUCCGGCAUACGCGUUACCGUAGUUCCUUGCAAGACUAUCAAAAGGACAACAACAACGAUGAAAUUGGAUUUAUGAGGAAUGAUCGCUACCGAAGUACGAUUCAAAAUGGGUACGCCACGUACAACUCGGGGAUGGUAACGUCUACGCCAAGAAAAAAGCAAGCUCCUCCCAAACCUACUACACCAAGGGUACCACUACAGCAGCAGUACAACAAUGUCAAUCCUUUCGAUGUCGACGUGGAACCGGAAGGGGACACUUUGUCUACAGUUAGCGUAGACAGUAGUUACAGCAGUACACUACGAUCACACACAUCAGGAACAAGAACUCGCACAAAACGACGAGCGCCACCACCUCCCCCUGUCGCUGUUAAACCUGCAAAUCGUAUCGUUUCCACCCCUGAAGAGCCAGCUGCAGAAGAUGCUCAAAAUGAGGACCUCCGCAAUCUUACCGCUGAAAUUGAAAGCUUUGUGCGCAUUUCAUCGGUAAACGGUGAUGCCACUGCAAAGGACACAUCUACCGUACGGUCGAAUGUGAACGUAGAACCGCAGCGAGCGCACCAACCGCAUGAUGUAAAUAAUAAUAGCGCACAGGCUGAGAUUCCUACAACGAUAUCAACGAUAGAGAAUGAAAUUGUCGAAUCGGAUGUCGGAAUUGUUGCUAAAGAAUCUGCUGAGGUUAAGAAAAUUAUUAAUACCGAACCGAAAAUUAUACAAAAAGAAAGUAAUGAGGUCAUUACAAUCGACAACACGAAACCUGCGGUUGUAAACUCUGGCACAGCCAUUACCGUAGAUACUGUUGGCACUGUUCCGGCAGAAAAGAGUCCUAUUCCUUCGCCCAGGAAAAAGGUUGACAAAACUCAACCGGAAGUUGGCCACGAAGAACCACAGGAAGUAAUAGCUCCCAAAGGAGAUAUCGAUUUUGAGCAUCUGGCUCUCCCUGCAACUCCAGUUCCCAUACGAAGGUCCAAUCGUGAAAAUCGAGAAAAGUACAUUACUCAAACUGUUACCACUGAAACAUACAAGGUGAUGAACGAUAAGCCAACUGUGCCGAAACCUAUUUCACCGACUACCGAGCAGGUCGAUGACGAAGGUCCAACAACAACGAUUAUAGUGGAUAACUUGCAGUACAAGCAUAAGGUGGCUCCAAUCCAUACAGAAAUCAGCAGCAAGAUCGAAACCGCCCGCAUGAAGAUCAGUGAAUCGACCGGCAACCUGCCGACGAUUGCGAGUGAAAACACCGCCAAUGACAGACGCCGUUCGGUGAAAGACAUUAUCGAGUCAAUCAACAAGAGCCAAAGUAUGCUUAAGGUUAACCACGAACAGUCGUCAACCGCCAACGGGCUGCACGAGACUCAAUCAACCGACAGCAUGGUGCGCAACAUACGCGAGCUUAACGAGCGUGAAAAGGAGAUCCAAAAUUUGUUGCAGGAUAUUGAUGCACGUUACGGGACGAGCAGCAGUGGUGAUGCAACUGGCAGAGUCAGCGAGCAUGUAAUGGUUCCCGGACGGGGAUCGUACUAUGAUAACGUGACCGAUGACAAUCUUAACGAUAACCUGGACGACAAAAACAACAUGUACGCUGCGUCGGGCUUUAGGAUUAAGAAAAGUCCUACCAAAACGGUCAUCAUUGCGGAGGGGGGUGAUGAUCAGCAGUUUCAAGAUUGCAUCAAUUGGAAUCCACUACCAAAGCCUAGGCGUAGCCAUAUUUUGGUAGAAGACGGAGCAGAUGGCGAUAAAUCCUAA